CCCUCCUUCUUCCCCACCGGUGACACUUUUUUUUUUCUUUCUUUUUUUAAUAAUAAAUGCGACCCCGCACCAUGUUUUGCUCACAAGCCCUUUACUGCUGUUAAAGAGCGAGCGAGUCGUGUUCAUCAUCAAUCGUCUUCCACAGAUCGACAUCAGGUCGUCAUGAGGAGCCUCCACAUCCUUCUGCUGUGCGUCCUGGGAGCUGCUCUGCUCUCCUCUGUGCUCUGCAGCAAUGGACUGGGCCCCAACGACUGCUGCUUCACUUUUUACCCGAGAAGGGUGAAGAGGAGCGUGGUUUCUUCAUAUUACAUGACUGAUUUCCGGUGUCCAAAGACUGGAGUCAUUCUUGUGACAGAAAAAAAGAGGACCAUCUGUGUGGAUCAAAACCUGCAGUGGGUUCAGGGCAUCAUGAAGGAUUUGGACGAAAAAUCCUUUUAAAGUGGUUUCCUGUCUGGAAGAUAAGAAAUCAAAUAAAUAUAAAAAUGUA